CGCCCUUCCCUGCCCCCACCAUCUCCCGCUCGCAGGGUCAUAUACCGCCUGGGACAGUGAGUCCUGGGAAAGUGGAGUUCCCGGACCCUCAGGACCACCUGCAGCUGGACUCACGAGCGUGGGCGGACAGAAAGGCCCACCGGUAUGGAAGGCCCCCUGCAACGGCACCGGAGGGAGCAGGGCCGGGACCCCAGCCCCAUGGCCCCGGCUCCGGGCAACCAGCUACUGGGCUACGUGGGGAUCGAGGCUGUCCUGGAUCAGAUGCGAGUCAAGGCCAUGAAAACUGGCUUCGAGUUCAACCUCAUGGUGGUGGGUCAGAGCGGCCUGGGGAAGUCCACCAUGGUGGACACGCUCUUCAAGUCCAAGUUGAGUGGGCGUAGCUCCAGCGGGGGCCGGCAGCAGCCCAUCCCCAAGACCGUGUGCAUCCAUUCCAUCAGCCACGUCAUUGAGGAGAAAGGGGUGAAGCUGAAGCUGACGGUGACAGACACCCCAGGAUUCGGGGACCAGAUCAACAACGACAGAUGCUGGGAGCCCAUCCUGAGCUUUAUCAACCAGCAGUAUGAGGGGUAUCUGCGGGAGGAGAUUCUCAUCAACAGGCAGCGCCACAUCCCCGACUCCCGCGUCCACACCUGCGUCUACUUCGUGCCGCCCACCGGCCACUGGCUUCGUCCAUUGGAUCUGGAGUUUCUGCAGCGGCUGUGCCGGGUGGUGAACGUGGUGCCCGUGAUUGCCCGGGCCGACAGCCUCACCCUGGAUGAGAGGGAAGACUUCCGGCGGCAGAUCCAGCGGGACCUACAAGCUCACGGGGUGAGUGUGUACCCGCAGAAGAACCUGGAUGAAGAUGCGGACGACAGGCUCCUCAAUGACAAGAUCCGGGCCAAGAUCCCCUUUGCCGUGGUGGGGGCUGACCGUGAGUAUGAGGUGAAUGGGAAGAUGGUUCUGGGCCGGAAGACCAACUGGGGAAUCAUUGAAGUGGAGAACAUGGCCCAUUGUGAGUUCCCCCUCCUGAGAGACCUGCUCAUCAGGUCCCACCUGCAGGACCUCAAGGACAUCACCCAUAACAUCCACUACGAAAACUACCGCGUGCAGCGACUGAACCAGAGCCACCUCCUCGCCCACGGCCCUGAGUGGGCCACCCUGAGCCCCGUCCAGCCACAGCCAGGCCCAGACGAGGAGGACGGCGACAACCUGUGAGGACGGAGCCCCCGCCCCGCCCCCCCGCCUUCCCCACC